AUGACCAAACUUCUUCAAAAUGAAAUAUUUACUACAACACAGAAUAGUUAUCAGACUACUCACUUUGUACAAAACUCUGAUAAUAGCUGUCCAGGCUGCCCAUACAUUACUCAAACUAUAGAACACUUUGCACUUAAAUGCAAAACUAGUAAACAAAUUUGGGAACAAAGCUAUAAACUGCUUAAAAACAAUAAAAUGGAGAAUCCUCCAACCUCA